CAAAAAUAAAGCUUUUUAAAAAUGGGUUGCAAAGUCCCAUUUAGAUUUUUUAGAUCGCCGUGGAUGAAAAAAACGAGGAACAGGACCCGUUAAUUGCACAUUCCUUCUGGUCGUCGUAGCUCAGAACUGCAGAAAGAAGCCCCCAAAAUCUCAUCCAUCCGCCCAUCGUCAUCAGCCUCUGCCUAUUUCUUUCAUAUUACAACUCGACGCCUUUAGUCGGGUCUGCUUUGUAUCUCUCUCUUGCCUGGAAAAACUCAACCUCACCUUAUUACGUCUGGUUUGGCGUGUCCAUGAGGUUUGUUGCCAGAAGAAUUGUUAACAUUACGAGCUUCAAGUUUCCCCAAAGAUGGUUGUGUAGCAAUGCAGGAGCCAAAUUGCCUGAUUCUGAUUGUGACCAAAUUAUCAAGGUGGGAGCCUUUGCGGCACUGGGGUAAUGAUGACGAGUGACGACUGGGGCCAUUAAAGGAGCAUGAGAUGACUAGCCAUGCCUCACAAUAUGAUAUUGCCAUUGUUGGAGGUGGCAUGGUUGGCAUGGCAUUAGCUUGCUCACUAGCUAGUACACCAUUGACAAGUAAGUUAAGGGUGGCUAUAAUUGACAGCAAUCCUGCACUUUUGAAUGUCGACUUCUUGGAAAAAGAAGUCCCUCCUGAUCCAAGAGUCAGCACAGUAACUCCUGCAACGAUAUCCUUUUACAAAGGUGUGGGUGCAUGGCAACAUGUCCAACAACACAGGCAUGCCUUUUUUGAUAAGAUGCAGGUCUGGGAUUACACAGGUCUAGGAUAUACAAGGUACAAUGCAAGAGAUGUUGGUAAAGAAGUUUUAGGGUGCGUUGUCGAGAAUAAAGUUCUUCACAGAUCCCUGUUAUCAUGCAUACAGAAUACAGACUUCGAGAAGAGAAUAUACCCUGCAAAGUUAAGCUCAAUGACCUUAAAUUCUAGUAGUUCGUCCACAACUUCCAGUGGCAAAUCACAGUCAUGUGGAAGUUCUGUUAGAUUGGGUUUGAGCAAUGGUGAUAGCUUGAAUGCAAAGUUGGUGGUUGGAGCUGAUGGGUCAAAAUCACAUGUUAGGGAGUUGGCAGGAAUUGAGACGGCUGGAUGGAAAUAUUCUCAGUGUGCCAUAAUCUGUACCGUUGAGCAUGCAGAGCCGAACCAAAUUGCUUGGCAAAGAUUUUUACCCAAUGGUCCAAUCGCGCUUUUGCCCAUAGGUGAUCAUUUCAGCAACAUUGUUUGGACCAUGGACCCCAAAGAAUCAUUGGAGCGGCAAUCAUUGAGCGAGAGUGACUUUGUGAACAUAGUGAACAGUGCAUUGGUUGAAGGGUAUGGCCCACCUCCUAAAUCACCACCAUUUGGCGGUCCUAAUUUAUUUUCUUGGCUGAGACCAGCAAAUGCCACACCAUCAUCAGCUGAUGAUUGCUUUGGACUUCCACCAAAAAUCAUAAAAAUGGCUUCUGCAAGAAUGGUAUUCCCAUUGUCCUUGAUGCAUGCCAAAAGUUAUGCAAAAAGGCGUGUGGUUCUUAUAGGCGAUGCAGCACACACUGUUCAUCCACUGGCUGGUCAAGGAGUGAACAUGGGCUUUGCUGAUGCCAUUGCUCUUUCGAAAGUCAUCGCUGAAGGUGUCACUGUAGGAUCUGACAUUGGAGAGGUUUCUGUGUUGCAGAAAUAUGAAUCAGAGAGGAAACCAGCAAACAUGGCAAUGAUGGCAGUGCUAGAUGGGUUUCAAAAGGCGUAUGCUCUUGAUUUUAUGCCUGUCAAUCUACUCCGGGCGGCUGCUUUCCAGGCAGCUCACUACAUAUCACCACUGAAACGAAAUAUCAUCUCUUUCGCUUCUGGUGAACACAAGCUUCCGCUUCUCUUCUCCUGAUCUUAUGUGAGUUUUUUUCUUUCUAUAAAAGUAUAAUUUUGGUAUAAUAUCGUUACACAAUAAUGCUCUACUGGCCUACAUUUCCUGAUGUAUUUAUUUAAACAACUAUUAUGAGAAUUAAGUGAUGUAUUUAUUGUUAAUAUCAUUACAGAAUACAGAAUAAUUGUCUACUAGCGCAUUCUCCCCACACUUCCUGAUGCAUUUAUUUAGGCAAUUAUUUUGAGAAUUAAGUGCUCUAUUUGUGGUUAAUUAAUGCUUUGACUAACUUUAAAGUUUGUGUGUUGUACUGACGAUGGGU